UCCACUAAGGUCCAGUCUGGUCCACCCAGGUCCACUCUGGUCCACUCCGGUCCACUCCGGUCCUGUAGCCCGCCUUCCCUCCUCUGUCUCCGGUGUUCUUCCUCUGAUCCGGUCCGGGGUUCGGGUUCCUCCAGUCAUGGCCCUGGUCCACAUGUGCCGGUCUUUCUCCGCGGUCUUCCGCCGGAUAGAGCCGGUCAUCGUGCUGGAGAUGCUGGGCAGUACCCUGUUCGACACCGCCCUGCAGAUGGUGGUCCGGGACCGGUGCGCCAACGCCACGGACCCGGACACGCACACGGUGACGGAGGAGAGCCGGCAGAAGGCCAUGACCGGCUUCUACAUGGUCUACAACCUGGUGGUCCAGCUGACCCCCAUCGUCCCCGCCCUGGCCCUGGCCCGGCUGGGGGACCGCGGCUGGAGGAGAGCCCCGGUGGCGGUGCCCCUGUGCGGGUACCUGCUGUCCAGGGUCAGCCUGCUGCUGGUGGUGGUCUGCAGCCUGCCCCUGGAGCUCAUGUACGGGGGGGCCGUGCUGUUCGGCCUCUGCGGGGGCUUCAGCGCAUACUGGCCCGGGGUGAUGACCCUGGCGACCCUGGCGUCCACGGACACGGACCGAUCCACGAUGAUGAUGAGGGUGGAGCUUCUGUACGGGGGGGCAGGUCUGGUGGGAAGUCUGGUGUCCGGUCAUCUGUUCCUGGUCUACACCUCGUCCCUGGGCCACGGCACCGUCCUCCUCAUCGUCAGUACCUUCAUCAACCUGCUGUGCCUCCUGUUGGCCGCCACGCUGCUGCAGGUGAAACAAAUAUCCACCGUAGACGAGGAUGAGAGCUGUGACCUCAUUCCUGCUCAGACCUCCUCCUCUGCCCCUGUUGAAGCCCCGGUCCAUAUUAACAGGACCGUGGUGGUUUUGCUGUUCGCCGCUGCCCUCCUGUACAACAGUGCAGUGGGCGGAGCCAUCGACAUACUGGGCUCCUUUGUGCUGAAGGAGCCGCUGAACUGGAAUGCCAAGCAGGUGGGUUAUGGGAACGCAGCUGGCUCUGGGAUUUUCCUCACCAGUUUCCUGGGCGUCAUCGUGCUGCGACGCUGCGUCAGUGACUCGGGCCUCAUCCUGAUCGGCAUGUUGUCGUUCGCCUCCGGAAUCUACUUCAUGUCCUUUGUCACAGCGACCUACAUGUUCUACCUCGCUCGAUUGCUCACCCUGUUCGCUCUCAUCCCGAUGCCGACGAUCCGCUCUCUGCUUUCUCAGCAGGUUCCGGCGUCUUCGUGUGGCACCACUCUGACUGGGCUCCAGGUGAUUCUGUGGCUGUCCAGUCUGGCCUACAUCCCCGCCUUCACCUACAUCUACCAGAGCACCCUGGACUGGUGCCCAGGCUUUGUCUUCCUCCUGUCCAGUGUCAUCACAGUCCUGGGGAUGAUUCCCAUCAGCGUCGUCGGCUGCAUGUUGCCUUCGAGGACACGUUACGAACAGAUUCAAGGAGACUGAAGCUGCAUCAUCUGGUAAAAAGGAAGUGGGACAGAAACCAGGCACGUUUGGCCCUGAUUUCACUUCCUGUCAAGUACAAAUGCCACUGUGUACCAGCUGGGACAGCAGACGGAGACGGCAGCACUUUGGACACGUUGCAUUAAACAUUCGGAUUCUUGAAAAAGGGAACAAAACGAUGACAAUAAGCAAGAAAACUGGACUGAAGCUCAAUGUAGCUGGACUCAAAUAGGGGAAAUUUGUCCAAAAUGCUUAAUGUAGCCUGUGUUUCAGACUCAUUUUUGUGUUCCUCGUAAACAUCACCUUAAGCAAAGACACUGUUAACACUCUGAAAAUAUCAUCCGUCUUUAAUGGAGUCUAAUGAGUUAUUUAUUUUAGCACAUAAUAUCAUACAUUAUGGUACUGAACUGUCAUUGGUUAACAUUCUAACAUGUGACCUUAACCCAUAAAGACCCAGCGCUACUUUUGUGAAUAUAGAGAACAUGAAUUUUUGGUCUAUAUUUAACGUUUCGUAAAUGAUUUAACACCAUUUUUUAUAAUAUUAUCCUCCUUAUUUUGCAGUUUUAUCAGUGUAAGUCAUUAACUCACAGAUCAUGUAGAUCACAGGUGUCAAACAUGCGGCCCGGGGGCCAAAUCCGGCCCACCAAAGGGUCUAAUUCGGCCCGCAGG